UCUUGUUUUCUUAAAAUGCAUAUCUUUGUCUUGACUAUAGGUGAGGACAUGUCCAAAGAAAAGGCUGGCCAAUCGAAGAUUCAUGAUGAUGAUUGCAUUAUUAUUGUGGACUCAAGCAGUGAUGAAGAAUUUGAGCCCUGUGUGGCUGGAAUGAGCACACAGAAUAGGAACAUAGACUAUGUGGUGAUUGACUCGGAUUCUGAUGAUGAAUACUUCCCUGAGGAAGAUGGAAAUGAGAUUCUGGAAGUGUUAUCUGAUACUGAUGACUUUAUGAUCCAGGAGUUUCCAAUAAUUAUCAGUGAUGAUGAUGAUAGUAAUGUGGAGGGCCCUGUGACAACAGAAGAGGAUGCAGCUGAUGAGGGCCAAAUGGCCUCAAUUGAAAAGGAGAUGGAGCAGUGUGCUCUCUCUCUAUGCAAUUCACCUGAUGAUACUGGUGAAAAUCUCUGCCAACCACCAAAUGCUGCUGAGGUUGAAGUAGAGAUUUCAGAUAUAAAAAUGUCAACUGAUGGACCUGUACCAAAGAAAAGGAAAUGUAAAACCAAAAAUUUAUGUGUGACACCUGCUGUUAGAGAACAAAAGUGGGUUCAGCCUUCAAAGAAGAAACGCAGAGCAGUGCGACCUAAGUGUGAACCUAGGAACACUAACUGCAAUAUACCUGGAUGUUUCUUGCGUAACAUUGAAAAGUUAAAGCAGUAUUCUGGAAGAAAAUUCAAGAAAAAUAAGGAUGAACUGGUUCAGAAAUUGUACACUCUGAUGAACAACACUGUCUUUGAGAACAAGCUGCCAGAGAGACUGGAUAUCUGCUGGAAUAAUAAGAUGCUGAGAACUGCUGGCUUGUGCAGCUCUGGCGUGUUUCAUUACCCGAGGGAACGUUACACUAAGAUUGAGAUUUCUCUGAAAGUCUGCGAUUCUGCAGACCGAAUCCGGGAUACUUUGAUACAUGAGCUAUGCCACGCAGCCUCCUGGCUGCUUGAUGGCAUCCGUGAUUCUCAUGGCCACGCAUGGAGAUAUUAUGCCAGAAAAUGUAAUAUGGUGCACCCAGAGCUGCCCUUAGUCACCCGUUGCCAUAACUACAAGAUUAACUACAAGAUUUAUUAUGAGUGUGCUCAAUGCAAAACCAGGGUUGGCCGCUACACCAGAUCGUUGGACGUUGUGCGCUUUGUCUGUGCUGAAUGCAAGGGACCUCUGGUCCUGCUGCCAUCAACUCGGAAAGAUGGGACCCCCAUAAAGCCCCAUGUGAGACCCUUUGCCAAAUAUGUGAAGCUGCAUUACAGAUUAGUUAGGGAGCAGAAGGAAGGCAUCACCCAUGGGGAUGUGAUGAGAACGCUCAGAAAGGAUUACUUUAUCUGUAAAGAAAAGAAAAACCUUUGAGGUUAUGUGAGAGGGUAUCUGUGUGAGCUGAGUCCUCUACUGUGAAGAAGUCUUAGAAAAAUAUCUUUAUUUCUAUGAAGUUAUGGAUAAUAGAAUUUAAAUCCUUUUACUAAAGCUUUUAUUGUUGAUAAUUAUUCUUUAACCAAAGAUUAUAUUACUCAGCACUUUGUGCCCUUGACAGUGCUCAGAAGCCCUUUGGGCCCACCUUAUGUCUUACUUACACUCCAGAGUUGUAACUUGUAGAAUGAAAUGCAAAAGCAAAAUACAUUUUUGAGAGUGGCCAGCAGAGAGAAUGUGAGUAAUGCUGGAAAGGGAACACAUUUUAAAGGCAGCAAGGACUGCUGGCAGAUGUAACCUGUAACACCUACCUAGAAAUAAAAAGCAUGUUUCAUGAAUUUAGUUUCUCUUGCGAAUUGUUCACAAAAUAAAAAUAAAUAAAAUGUUUUCUGCAA